GGAGAAACCCGAUCCCUGCGCUCGCCCCUUUCGUUUUCUGAAUAAGCAUUGUCUCCCGGGAUCACGCGCAGCGGUGGCCAUCUGCACUGAGCUCUUGCGACCUGCCUCCGCUGCCUCGCACACUUGCUGUGCUACAGUAUGGUGUGCUGUGGUAUUCACAACUGGAUAGUUUUUGUUCCCUAGGAUCACACAUGGCUAAUGAAUCAAGGCCCUGCCCAUGUGAUAUUGGAGACAAGUUUGACUAUGGAGGCCGUGGGGAGGAAGUGCAAGUCGAGCACAUCAAGGCGUAUGUUUGCAAACCACCUGCCAGCACAGACAAGGCUGUGAUUGUGAUUCAUGAUAUAUUUGGAUGGGAACUCCCGAACACCAGAUACAUAGCUGAUAUGCUAGCAACUAAUGGAUACAUAGCCACCUGCCCAGAUUUUUUUGUGGGACAAGAAGCUUGGAAACAUUCUAAUGACUGGGCAACUUUCGAUGACUGGCUGAAAACCCGAAAUGCCAGCAAAAUAGACAAAGAAGUUGAUGUCAUACUGAAGUAUCUAAAGGAACAAUGUGGUGCAAAGAAGAUUGGUGUCAUUGGGUUUUGCUGGGGUGGAGCAGCAGUACAACAUCUGAUGCUGAAAAAUCCUCAUUUACAGGCUGGGGUGUCCCUCUAUGGAGUGAUAAAGUUCUUUGCGGACACAUCCAGUUUUCUUCAUCCCACCUUCUUCAUUUUUGGUGAAAAGGAUGAGAUCAUCCCAUUGCAGCAGGUCGCCGUACUGGAGCAGAAGCUUAAACAAAACUGUAAAGUUGAUUAUGAAGUUAAAAUUUACCCUGGCCAGACGCAUGGGUUUGUACAUCGCAAAAGAGAAGAUAUCAAUCCUCAAGAUAAACCUUACAUUGAGGAAGGAAGAAAGGAUAUGAUCAACUGGCUGAAUAAAUAUCUCUAGCAUAAAUAAAUGUCCCUAAUAUAAGUCAAUUGUUGACAGAAACCAGAAAAUAA